GCCGCGUCCGGAUUCCAUUUUCCAUUUCCAUUUCCACGGGCGGGAAAAGGAAAAAACCAAACGCCGCCGCGGAGCAGUGGAAGGGGGCGGAGCGGUCGACGCCGGCAUCGCUCGAUUCGAUGGCGUCCAACUUCUCGUUCCCCGAGAUGACGGCGGCGGAGAUCGCGGAGGCGCUGCACAGCUACGGCAUCGCGCCCAGGGCCAACCUCCGCGCCGAGGACAUCGCCAGCCCCCAGCCCAACCUCCUCUCGGCCGUCCUCUCGCUCUUCCUCACCAACAUCGCCGGCGACGACCUCGACCAGCAGCUAGGGUUCGAGGCGCUGGGGGCGCUCGACAACCCGGAGUACCACCUCGGUGCCCUACAGGUGAUGCGCCUCUACCAGAGGGCGCGGGAAUUCCUCGGGUCCAUCCAGUUCCGGAGCUUCACGCUCCGCGACCUCCUCCACCCCGACCAGCGCCGAGUCGUCCUCGUGCUCAGCGCCAUCAUCAACUACCUCCACUUCAGGCAGGAUAAGCUCAACCUCCUGGAGCCCAUCGUCGACGAGUUCCCCAACUACGAUGAACGUCAAAUGGAGCUCAAGGCCAGGAUCGCCGAGUAUCAGAAGACGAUUGAAGAUCAUGAGCGCAAGGAGCAGAUGGAGGAGCCCACGGUCCAGCAGCUGGAGGCGGAGGUCAAUGGCCUCAAGCAGAAGAUUCAGGAAUACAACAGGCAGCAGAAGGCACUGCGAGGAAAAGCCAAAGCCAUAGACGACAAAAAAGAGGAGAUCCUCAGCAAGAUCUCCCAAGCCGAUUUUGAGUUGAUGAAACAGACGCAAGAAAAUUCCAAGCUAUUGUCCAAAGUUGUUCAGUCUCCAGAAAAGCUUCAGAGGGCCCUUGAGGAGAAGAAAGCAGCUCGUGCUGAGUUAAAGAACUUAGAGAAGAUGGCAAUGCAAAAUGUCCAGGAGAAAAUCAAUAUCCUUGAGAUGUAUACAAAGGCUAGUGAGAAACUGUCGAGGCAUUCCUCUAAGAUCUCUUCUCUACAGGAACAAACCACUGCUGCCAAAACUGCUGAGAAGGAAGUUAAAGCACUCAACGCUAAGAUUAGUGAUGGAACUGUGGAAAUGAAGACCCUUGGUGUCAAAACUGCUGAAUGGCAAGCUAAAGUACAUGAAACCGAGCAACGUCUCAAGGCAAAAGAGAAAGAAAGGGAUGAAAGAAUUGCAUAUAAUAAUCGGAAGAUGGCUACUUUGAAAUCUGAAGUUGAAGGGAAACUUCAGUGCCUUGAAGAUAGAGAAAAGAAAGUAGCGGAAAAGAUUGCAAAGGAUGCUGAUUUAUGCUCCCAAGUUGAAUCCGCAGGUGUUGCUGCCAGAAGAAAACAAGACGAAAUUUAUGCCAAAUUUGUAGUAAUUUUUGAGGCGGCUAACCACUACAUGGAUACCAUUGACCAUUCCCUGGAUCAAGUUGAGGAGGCGGAGAAAAAUACUUCAGGUCAGAGCGUUGCUUGAUGCCUUAACAAGGUUGUGCUGCUGUUGAGUUGAAGUGCCCCAGCUGUCGUGGUUGUAAAUGCCAUAAUGCUCCACUUUUGUACAUCCGGAGUGUGGAGAACUUUUGCAGCCCGAGCCAUGUACUAGUAACUUUAUUUGACAGUGGACCACGUGUAUACUUGUUCUAGUGUUCUACUCGUAACGGAGUUGGUGACCUACCGGUGAUCAGCAGCGUCCUCUCUUCGAGAUUUGUAUGAUCAAAUGGUAUUGAGCCGGUAGAUGGGGUAUGCUCGUAACUUUAAUGAUUCGAUCCUCUAUUUUUGAUCUCUUA